CCCCACCAUCGCCAUCACACCACGGGAAAGAAAAAGGAAAAAAGGAGCUUCCUUUCUUCUCCCCCGCUCCUCGGAUUGGAUCCCUCCCCUUCCCUCCUCUGAUUCCAUUCCGUUGGAGCCCUCCUUUCUUGAUCUCAUCUCUCCCCUGAUUGGUUCAGACAGGACUGCCGGCGCCCCUCCCUCCGCUGCCUCGCUCCCCACGGCGGCGAGGCGAGACCCACCGGCGACGCGCGGCCAGCCCUGAAUUGAAUCAGCUACCAUGGCGGCCUUGCCGUUAGCCACGGCGGAAGUCUGCGACGCCAACUCGCACCUCAUCACCGGCGGCGAGCUGCGCGCGCUGCAGCCCAUCUUCCAGAUCUACGGGAGGCGGCAGGUCUUCGCGGGCCCCGUCGUGACGCUCAAGGUGUUCGAGGACAACGUGCUGGUGCGCGAGUUCCUGGAGGAGAAGGGCCAGGGCAGGGUGCUGGUGGUGGACGGCGGCGGCAGCCUGCGGUGCGCCAUCCUGGGCGGCAACCCCGUCCAGCAGGCGCAGAACAACGGGUGGGCGGGCAUCGUGGUGAACGGGUGCAUCCGGGACGUGGACGAGAUCAACGGGUGCGACAUCGGCGUGCGCGCCCUCGCCUCGCACCCCAUGAAGGCCAACAAGAAGGGGAUGGGCGAGAAGCACGUCCCGGUCACCAUCGCGGGCACCAGGAUCUGCGACGGCGAGUGGCUCUACGCCGACACCGACGGCAUCCUCGUCUCCAGGACCGAGCUCAUCGUGUAGGAGAGGCUGACGCCUCGUUGGUCGUGUUGUUCCACUCUGUGGUUGUAUUUGCUUGUCUGUAACAUGAUGGAUGAACUGGGCUCUGCAUAAGAGAGGAGGGUGCUUGCUGUUGCUGCCUCUGCCCUCCCUUAUUGAAUCAUGUUGUAUCUGAACUUCAGAUUCAGAAGCCUGUAAUAAUUGUCAUGUUGUAAUGCUGUUGCUGCCUCUG